ACUGAUUAGCAUACGGGAACAGCUGUUUGGCGCGAACCGGACUAGGGGAGCUCCGUGCCGUGGAGCUUGUUCAAAGUGCACGUACCUCGGUAACAUCAUUUGAGGACUGCUCAAGAAGGCAUCAAUGCGUGUAACGUUACAGUGCCUCGUCUUAGGUUUGUCAGCAAAGUCAGUCUUGCAGCCCAACAACAUUCUGUACAGAACUUCAUCUUCAUCCUCAACUUUCUUAUCCUCCAAGAAAAGCACUCUUGCCCUUCCCAAGACAUCCAUCGCUGUGUCUUCAAGAAAUAUGUCUGAAGGUGGAUCCUGGACACCCUCCUGGUACAAAGAUAGUUGGGGUGGCAAUCAACGCGGGGGACGCAAUCAGCGAGGCGCACACAACCGAGGCGGCGGACGUAACCAACGCGGGGGAUACAAACCUUACAACCAGCGUACCCACCAACCCACCGGCGGACCUUCCAAAAUGACGAAGGUUGACUCAGGAAGUAUCAGUUUAGCAGCUGGGAGUAAAGACUUCCUGGAGCAGAUUGCUGACCAGAGGAGGAGGGUUUGUUCCUCGGUUAUGGAGUUCAACUUCAACGAGAGAAGAUGUCGGAAGCUGAGUGUGAACCGGGAGUUCAAACCAGACUGUGGAGGGAUUGUUUACUGGAUGUCACGGGAUCAGAGAGUUCAAGAUAACUGGGCCCUGCUGUAUGCCCAGCGGCUGGCCCUGACACACCAGCUCCCCCUGUACGUGUGCUUCUGUCUGGUACCCAAGUUCCUGGAGGCAAACAUCCGACAUUACGGCUUCAUGCUGAAGGGACUGGAGGAAGUGGAGAAGGAACUACAAACUUUAGACAUCAGUUUCAACUUACUGACUGGUUACGCUGUAGACGUCCUGCCCCAGUUUGUGAGUGAGAUGAACAUCGGAGGGGUGGUGACUGACUUCUCCCCCCUCAGGACCCCCCUGAAAUGGGUCCGCGACGUCACCGCUAAACUUCCCAGGGACGUCACCUUUGUCCAGGUUGAUGCACACAACAUUGUACCAUGUUGGGAGACCUCAGAUAAGCAGGAGCACAGAGCCUACAUCAUCCGAGGGAAGAUCAUGGACAAACUCCCAACCUACCUCACCGAGUUUCCUCCAGUGUGCAAACACCCUCAUCCUUCAACAUCUAAACUUCAGCCAGUAGACUGGGUUUCCACCAAGGUCAGCCUGCAGGUGGACAGGACUGUUGCCGAGGUAACCUGGGCCACGCCCGGCUCCGUGGGGGGUCUGCGUCAGCUGGAGCUGUUCUGUAGGGAGAGGCUGGAGGUGUACGCUGCCGACAGGAACAAACCUGACCACAAGGCUCAGAGUGACCUCUCACCAUGGUACCAUUUUGGCCAUGUAUCGGUACAGAGAUCUAUCCUGACUGUACAACAGUUUGAGGACCGGUACAAGCAGUCUGUGGAGAAGUACAUCGAUGAAGCUGUCAUCUGGAGGGAGAUGGCAGAAAACUCAGCUUUCUACAACCCUGACAAAUAUGAUUCUCUUUUAGGUGCGCCAGACUGGGCCCAGAAGACGUUACGUGACCACGCAGGUGACAAGAGACAGUACAUUUACAGCCGUGAGCAGCUGGAACAGGCCAGGACACAUGACGACCUCUGGAAUGCUGCACAGAUCCAGAUGGUUCGAGAAGGGAAGAUGCACGGGUUCCUGCGUAUGUACUGGGCCAAAAUGAUCCUGGAGUGGACACCCUCUCCUGAAGUCGCCCUACAGGAGGCUAUCUACCUCAAUGACAAGUAUAACCUGGAUGGAAGGGACCCCAACGGAUAUGCUGGUUGUAUGUGGGCCAUAGGUGGACUCCACGACCGUGACUUUCAAGAACGUCCAAUCUACGGGAAAAUCCGCUUCAUGUCGUACUUUGCAUCCAAACGCAAGUUUGAUGUACCAGGGUUUGUGAAAAGAUAUGGAGCGAAGGCAUACUGAAACUACUGCAAUGAUAAGAGAUGGGAUCGUGAUGGGAUUGUGAAGAAAAUAGAAGGAACUUGCAAUUGUCAGUUGUUAUUAUACUGUAGAUGGGUACUUUUAGAUUA